CAACUAUUUGUUCAACGUAAAAUUUAGGAAGCUAUCCAGCCGCUUUGUCACCGGUCUUGAUAUAACGUCGGGAAUUAGCCUGGCCGACCUGUUCAUCCUCCCCUCUCGCCUCCACCGUGUACUGUCUGUGUAUCUGUACAGUCACCUAGAAAAUGUUAGAGGCGUUGUUGCGAGAAUACGGCCUCCAGGCAAAGGCAGUUGGUGCCCUCAUUGCCCUUGCCAUCCUCGGCAAGGCCGUACGGUCCCAGCUUAGGGCCCGAAGGCGUCUGCCUUUACCUCCUGGUCCUCCCGGUCAUUGGUUGUUUGGAAAUGCCCUUCCCAGGGAAAACCAAUCUCAACAGUUCGCCGAAUGGAUCAACGAGUAUGGCCCUAUUAUUUCGCUUCGGGUUGGCCCAAGGACUAUGGUCAUCAUAGGGCGUUAUCAGGAAUCUGUGGAUAUUAUGGAGAAGGAAGGCGGUUUGCUGGCAGAUCGUCCCCGUGCAGUUGCGGCGGGUGAAAUCUUGUCCCGUGGACUUCGGAUGAUCCUUGCCCCCGCUGGCGAGCAGUUCCGUAGAUUACGCAGAGCUGCACACACACACCUCCAGGCAAAAGCCGCAGAGUCAUAUGGCCCCAUCCAAAUGCAAGCCGCGCGCGAUGUGAUUAUUGACAUUCUUGAUAACCCCAAGAACCAUCAAGCGCACGCCAACCGCUACGCGGCAUCCGUCAUUCUACGUGUCACGUAUGGCAAGUCGACAGCCACAGAGACGAAUGCGCCUGAGAUCGUCCUCAUUCACAAGAUGUUGAAGCGCUUCCAGACACUAAUGCGUCCUGGAGCGCUUCUCGUCGAGAAGUACCCAAUCUUGAAGUAUGUGCCUGGAUAUGCAGGCUACCUUCACGAGUGGCGCAGAGAGGAACGCCAACUAUUCCAUGAUCAGCUCAACCGUGUUGCCAAGGAAUUAAAAACAGGAAAUCCUGGUCCUUCGUUUGCGAAAUACCUCCUUGAGAACCAGGAGACACACAAGUUGUCUGAUGAGGAGAUGGCGUAUCUCGCCGGUUCGCUCUUUGGUGCUGGCUCUGACACUACUGCCGUCGCUAUCAUGGUACUGGUCAUGGCUGCCGCUCGCUUCCCUGAGGCACAGGACGUUGUGCAGGAGGAACUCGACAACGUCGUCGGUCGCGACCGUGCACCUACCUUCGAUGAUUACAACGCGUUGCCUCAAAUUCAGGCGUUCAUGCUUGAAUGUCUCCGCUGGCGUCCGGUCACUACACUCGGCUUCGCCCACCGUGCUCAGACGGACAUCGUUUACAAAGACAUGUGUAUUCCUGAGGGAGCGAUCGUUUUCGGAAACCACUGGGCUAUUUCUCGGGACCCCGAUGUAUACCCGAACCCCGACAAGUUCGACCCUCAGAGAUGGUUAGGCAGUGACGGGCGUAUCCGCGAAGACGUUCGGUUCCCCAGUUUCGGGUUCGGAAGACGUAUUUGCCCUGGCCAACACAUUGCCAACCGGUCCAUCUUCAUCAAUGCUUCACUCCUUCUUUGGUCUUUCCGUAUUACCCAGGAUCCUAACGCCCCAAUCAACGAUAAGGGUUUCGUCGACGGUGUGAUUGCCCACCCUAAACCUUUUGCUGCGUGCUUUACGCCUCGCAUCGGGGACGAGAAACACCUGAGAAAAGUUAUGGAGAAGUAUGCACAGGAUCUCUAAGGUACUCGGUAACCCUUGCGUGACUUGGAUUUUCGGUUUUAUUUCGCUUUGAAUGGUUAUACCAUGUGUUCUUUCGAAAGUCUCCCUCAUAAGUGUGUCAGUGAAGAAUCAUGUGAAGCUGAAUGAAGGAGUAAGGAAAAUAAUUGGGAGUGUUCAUGUUUCUGACGGAGAGAAGGACUGCAGUGACUUGAAGUUCUGAAUAGGGGAGUAUCAUGUCACGUGGAUGGACGUGC